AGAGGGGUAGAAAAAAGAGAAAAAAAUUGGUCAACAUCUGCUGGUAUGUUGUCCAGAUGUGCAACUAAACAUCAGUGACACAUGCCAUGCUUCACAACCUGGACUGUGACCUAAAAGAAAACAACAAAGCACCAUUUCAUGCAUUGUAACUAAGCAUUCCUUUUUGAUGGAUACUUUCCAAAAUAAAGUGUAAAACAUUAUCUCACAACCAAGCACCGUGCAAGGGAAAAGACACAAAGACCAUUUCACAAACUAGUUUAAAGAAGUGGAAAGAAAUUUGUUUUAUUUGUAGAAUUGAUACAUAAAAACCCAAAACAGGACAUAAAAACGUCAUCAUUCGGUGAAAAAAGGGCAACAUUUGUUCAUCACAACAAAGUGUGGUUUUUAAUCAGAUUAUAUAGUUUCUGAAGUAUUGAGUCACUUUUCAUGUAAAGUGCAAAAAUAUUUCAACCAAAUAAUGAACAAAAUGUUCUGAAGCAAUCUGAUAACUCCUUCAGUAAAUCCAGGCUUCUGUAUAAAACUAUGUAAUAACUUUUUUCUAAGCCUUAGGUCUGGCUUUAUUGUCUUGGCAGCAUUUUCACUUUCGUUCUCAGUUACUUCAACUGAAGAGUAAUUCGGUGUCUUUACUGGCCUUUAGCAGUCAGUCACAUCAGUGGGAUUUCAUGCAACUUGACUCCUUGAGUGUUUCAUAGCUGGAGUUGCUUCAGCAUUGCGUUACAGCGUAUUGCUGGGGGUGGAGGAGACCGAAGCCUGCUCUCAGCUGCAGGCAUCAACAGCAGUGACUCUGGUCCCAAAUCUGCUUUUCAGACACAGAGGACUGGUCUAAGAGAUCCAGCUGGAGGACUAUUGCAGCUGAAUGAGGAACUAUAGCUUUUUCUUUCAGGUUUUUGCAACUACACAUGCACUGCAAGCCCAUUUUCUGCAGCUGUGAAAUAGUGGUGAGGAAAGCUACUUGCGUUAGUAUUAAUGCAUUUUCGCAGGUUUUGCAUGACUGUAUGAGUGCUCUUGCCUCAUGUUUGUGUUUGCUCUUCUGCUGAUGCACAGUGGAGGGUGACUAAGUUUGCAUACUUCUGUUUGGCGCUCGAGUCCAAAAUCGGAGCACUUUCACUUUGUUCUUUUUCUCAAGCCACUUUUUGAUUCUUCUGCACUAAUUAUCAGAUGUUUGCAGCUUUAGAUAGAAUUUUAUUCUUUGUGACAUUUGCACUUAAAACACAUGAAAAUCUUAAUACACAACGAUGACUUGCAAUAAGCAGUUCAGCUGACAUGUUUGUUUUGGUAAUCAAUAACUGCUCUGCUAGCAACAGUUUUCACAUUUUGCACAAACAAGAUUUUAUAGCAAUCGCUGUGGACAUCUUUAAAAUAGUUUAGGUGUCGUGACUCUGUACCUUUCCCUUUAAAACAUGUCAAAUUCAACGUUUGAAUUGCACAGCAACGAUUCAUUUCUAAGGAAUCGUUUUGUGAUGUUUAUUCUUUCUCCACAGGCAGGUUGCAUUAAUGGCUCGGGUCAAAGUGUAGUAUCUCCUUGCUGAAGCCCCAUCCACACGAAUGCUCUGUGCACAAUGAGUGAGUGUGGCUGCAGCGCUCCAUACCUGCGGGGGUGGUUUCUAACAGCUCUGUUGUUGCUGACAGUCGUGCAGCUGUCAUGUGCCGAAUGCCCCACAUCGUGCGUCUGUCAUGUUCCCACUGAAGUGCACUGCACCUUCAGACAGCUGACGGCGGUACCUGACCACUUCCCUCCAGCUGUGGAAAAGAUUAAUCUCGGGUACAACCGUAUAACUUUCUUGAGAGAAACAGAUCUUUCAGAGCUUGAGAAGUUGGAACUGCUCAUGGUUCAUAGCAACAGUAUACACGGCAUUGAAGACAAAUCCUUCAAAGAACUCAGAUCUUUACAGGUCCUCAAGCUGUCAAACAACAGACUGAAGAGAAUCAAGAAAGAGACUUUUAAAGGCCUCACCAGUCUCCUCAGACUACACUUGGACCACAACCACAUUGACUUUAUCAGCCCAGAGGCUUUCUACGGCCUGACCAACUUGCAACUGGUCCAUCUGGAGGGGAACCAGCUCCAACAGCUCCACUCAGACACAUUCAUCACCAUGAGACACAGCCAGGUUUUCAAAUGGUCCACAGUAAGAACCAUCCACCUGUCCGAAAAUCUCCUCGAGACUUUGCCAGAAGAUAUUUUCUCAGGCUGCAGCCAAUUAGAGAACCUCUUCCUCAAUGACAAUCCUUGGAUGUGUGAUUGUCGUAUGAAGUGGUUGUCGGCGUGGGUACAAAAGAAUGAUGGUGUUCUGAAAUGCAAGCGAGACAGAAGACAUCCAAGAGGCCAGCUGUGUCCUGUUUGUGAAAAUCCAGCCCCUCACCACAGCAGACCUCUAUCCCAGCUCCAAAGCGACGCCUUUACUUGUAUCAAACCAUGGAUCGAACCCCAUCUAAAGCACAAAAACAUAAGCCUGGAAGAGGGGGCAUUCACACCAGUUUCCCCCAAUGACUUUAUAGCCCCAUUAGGCUCCAUACAUAUGAGUUUGACUGACCAGUUUCACAAUGAUGCCAGUUUAUCUUGUACGGUCCAGAGGCCUACUGCGUUUGAAAACCUGACACAAUCCUUUAAAGAGGAAGAGGGGAAAAAUGUCACAGUGCUUACAUCUGGUAUAACAACAUACUUUGUUUGUAACGUUGACUAUGAACAAAUUAAACAGCUGUGGCAGAUCCUGGCCACCUACAGCGACUCUCCCAUGAGGCUACAAAGAGGUUCAAUGGUGGCCAGAACACCUGAAAUGAUCUACAGAUAUAGUCAAGUAAAGGAUGGAGAGAAGGAAUUUACCACAAACAUCGAGGCUGAAUUUAAAGCCUCUCCUGAUUGGUUAAUGCAGGAAGACGUGAGCCUCCAGCUUGACCGUACUACUACCACCUAUUCGGCUCUGCAUAUUAAGUACCAGUCUGUGGUCAACCUACAAGUUGAGAGUAAACCAUCUAAAAAGGACCACUAUUCCUGGACGAUGAUUAAACGAGACAAUCAAACCAAGACUGAACACACUGUCAUUACAGGUGGUGUGGCACAAUUGAGCUGUCAAAUCCAGGGUGAGCCUAAACCUCUCCUGGAGUGGAUUUUACCAGAUGGAAGCAAAGUCCGAGCUCCUUACUCAAGUGAAGACCGGCGGAUUAUAAUUUCUGCUGAAGGGAUGCUGACUCUUCGAGGUGCCGAUAUUUCUGACACCGGCCUCUACUGGUGCAUCGCCACAAACUACCUGGAUGCGGAUAUUCUCAUAUUUCGGGUGACAGUUCUUUCUCCUGAUGUGGAAGAGUCCGAGGUUAACGGUCUUCGGCUCUCAAAGUCACUUGGUGAAAAUCUUAUUUUUGACUGUGGCUCCUUUGGAAGUCCUGAGGUCUCAAUUUCAUGGGUUCUCCCUGACCAUUCAGUACUGGACAAGUCUGUAGGACAUAGACAAGUGCAGAAGAAUGGCACACUGUUGAUUCAGGGAUUAACAGUGAGGGAUAGAGGGUUUUAUAGGUGUUUGGUUGCUAAUUACCUGGGAGUUGACCUGCUUGUUUCUCAGGUGAUACUUUCUGAAGAAAACCUUGAAUCCACCACAACUUUGGACAAUGAGGGAUCAGGGAUGGUAACGGAGGUCAAGACAGAUUCUAGCCCAGCAGAGCAUACAGUCAACCUCAGUGAGCUCACCUCCCCAAGUCCCAAUGUGAAAACCAGUCAGAAAUCCAGGACUAUCACGUCAGAUCGUCGUUUCCCAAGGUUGAGAUCACAGGGUCGAGGAAAUUCCCAAGGUAGACUGGGACAGAGAAGAGGGGGGGUUCACAGCAGACAUAUGUGGAGUAGCAGGGGGCUUGAUAAAGCCUCCAGGAAAGUAGACCCACAGAAAUUCGCUGAAUUCAUGAAAAAAGCACAUGGAGCAUCAAUAUUAAAGAUGAGCUCAAUGAGUGAGAGGGUAAAGCAUGAAAACCCAGUAAUAAUUUUAAAUGAUGAAAUCGGCUCUGGCGAGGGGCUUAAAGAGAACCAUCUCAGUGUCGUGUCAUGGGAAGUUAAACCAAGUGCCAUGAUAAUAACAAGGACAAAGACAAGAGAGGAUGAGAUUUCAGUAACAACAAAGGCACAAACGUUUGCCGACAUGGCAAAUUCAUUCAGUCAUGACAUUUAUUCAAGUAACAUGAAGGAGAAUGCAAACUCGCCAACAACAGAAGCAUACAUGCAGUCUGAUUCCACGUCAAAAGAGCAGAUAGUUGUACAUUUGCCAGGUCAGGUUGAGUAUCGUGGACUUGAAGAAUCCAUUCAGUCAACCCUAGACAUUGAUCUGGUCACUCUUAAGUUUAGUACGACAGACAGUGAACAAGAAACUCAACUCAGCUUUUCAGGCAAACUCCCUGCAGAGACAGGGUCGACACAAACCAUCACGACAGACCCCAACGUCACGCCAAUAAGCGAUGGCCCAGUGGAGCUUUUCAUCCACACGGAUCCAAAAAGCCGAACUACGUUUACAGCUAUCACCACUGCAGAGAAGCAAGAGGAUGAGAUCACCUUCCACACAACUCAGACGAUAAAAUCCCCACAGCUUUCGGCAGGAUCCACCAUUCUGUCACAACAACAGAUCCGAAUAAUUCCACACAAGGAUGGCAAAGGAAGAGGCGGCAGGAGGAUCUUGCACAGUCGCAGGAGAAUCGUUAAACCCAACCGGAUCACUGACAUCCAGUCAUUCAUCAAUAGAUUUAGACACUCCACUAUGAAGAAAGGAGACAACACUUCUUUGCCAUAUCAGGUUUACUUAACCACAGAAUGCGCCAAAGACAAAAGGGAGAUGGCGACCACUAAUGUGCAGCUCAUUACUCCAACAGCUUUUUCCAGUCCAUCUAUGAGCAAAACACAGAACACGGAAACUCCUGCCCCACAUGUUUCUACCACUGCAAAAGCCACCUUCAGCCAUACUGAGUCAAGCUCAGAUGAUUCCAAUGAGUACAUAACGUCUGCUGAUGCCCCUGAAAUCAAUCCACCUUUUGCCACCAAGAAAGCACGACCAAUUACCAGCACAACAGCCACUACGACAACAUCAAAGGUGAUUCGUGGAAGGAUUCCAUGGAAUAGGUUAUUCGGAAGAGGAGAACAAGAAAAGAUACUAAGCAGACUAAAGAAACCACAAACUCCACUGAAAACCUCCACGACACCUUUAACUAGAUUACGGACCACAACCCCUGCUGCCAUGCACACCACCAGCACGAUAAAACAUCCCAAACAUGAUACUCUGCCACCAUUCAUAAUCACGCAGAGCAAAGAGAGUUCAUUAGAUGAUGACUUUGAAGGCUUAGCAUCGGCAGAUUUUGAGCUUCCAACGAGGAGUCCUAACUACCAUCCUGUAACUACUACAAGUUCAUCUAAUCCUAACAGAUUUACCGCCACUUCUGAAUCGCCACCAGGAUUACCCUCCUUGCCUUCGCCACCUACUGUCAAACCACAUUCAGUUGAUCCUGAUGAAGUCUUAUCCUCUGGCUCUGGGGGGGUUUCUGAGAAUGUGCUUAUAAUUUCACAGAGGCUUGGUACCAGAAGACAACAGGAGCGAAGAAGGAGGCCUUUUCGGGGAAGGAGGCCCUUCAGGAAACCUGAAUUUACUCAAGUAAAUUCAAAGGCAAAUGUGGCUUCAACUGUAGAGGUUACCACAAAGGAGAAUACAAUUGAAGAAGCGCCACCACAACAGGCUGUUUCGUUUUACAAACCAAGAAUCAUGCCACCCAGAAAAACGGACAUAACCACAGAACCUGCUUCCACGGAGCAAACAAAAGAGACUGACUUGUAUGGCAAAAAUGGUUGGACUUCUAGUGAUUUAUUUCCUGAUACUCCAUUUAUUAUCUCAUCUGUUACAACAUUGAUGCCAGGUACCACAAAACUGCCUCAUACAACUUCUCAGACCAGAUUACACAGCAACAUUAAACCACCAAUGCAUAGCAGCAAUGGUGGCAUACCUCACAGAUCACCAGCAAGGAGAGUCAGACCUACUGCAGAAAGUAGUGCCGGCAGAAGCAGCGUCGAUAAACCCAUUAACUUUGACACAAUUACCAUUUUCACAGAAGGGCAACGGCAUGGUGUUCACUCUUCAUACAGCAAAGACAUCCAGAAAACUAAUUCCCCUACUUAUUAUCAUCUUGCUGAAAUGAUAUCUACAACUACCAGUACUGCUCAGCUGAACCCCACCGCACAGCCCAUGCCAAGCAAGCCAAGGAUAGUUGGGGGAAAUGCAGCUAGCUUCACUGUUUUAUCAAAUUCAGAUGCUUUCCUGCCGUGUGAGGCUGUUGGAAAUCCAAGUCCUGUUGUUACCUGGAAACGCUUCUCUUCAACCACAGGUGGUACAAUUUUGAUCAAGGACAAGAUGGGAAAGUUUGAGGUGCUGAGCAGUGGAACCUUGACCAUACAGAAUGCCAACAUUAAGGAUCGUGGCCAGUAUCUGUGUUUUGCUGAGAAUGAUCAUGGAUCAGAUAAACUUCUUGUAACACUCUCUGUGGUAGCCUAUCCAUCACGCAUCCUAGAGCCAAAAAUAAGAGACAUGAAAUCUCAUACAGGAAACAGAGUGGAGAUGAAAUGUAAAGCUGAAGGCCGCCCUAAGCCUAUGAUUUCUUGGAUCUUAGCAAAUAGGACUCAAGUUAGGGGUCAAAACACAGAGAAAGGAAGAGUGUCCGUGUCUUCUGAGGGGACAUUGGUCAUCGAACAUGUAUCUGUUUAUGACAGGGGUUAUUACAAAUGUAUUGCCAGUAAUCCGGCCGGAGCAGAUACAGCUACAGUACGACUACAAGUGGUUGCAGCACCACCAGGCAUUGUUGAGGAGAAGCGCCAGCAGCUGAGAGCUAAUUUGAGCCAAAGCUUGUGGCUGCCUUGCAGCAGCUACGGUACCCCUCGUCCCACUAUUCACUGGGUGCUCUAUGAUGGAUCAGUGGUUCGAUCUAACCAAAACCCUAAUGGAAACAGGGUAUCACUUUAUGAGAAUGGAACACUUCUCAUAAAAGAUGUGACUUCGGCAGAGAGUGGGAAAUAUGAAUGUAUUGCUACUAGCUCUACUGGUUCAGAGCGAAGGGUGGUGACUCUGUCAGUAGAAAGAAAAGAAUCUGCACCCCAUAUACUAGAGACAUCUGAAAACAUGACAGAGUUGUCCUAUGGGGAUCAUUUGAGACUUCACUGUUCAGCAGAAGGAGACCCUAAGCCAAAGAUCUUCUGGAAGUUACCGUCUAAAGCUGUUGUUGACUAUUGGCACAGGAUGGGUAACAGAAUUCAAGUCCUGCAUAAUGGCACACUUGCUGUUAACACAGUUAGCGAUAAAGAUGCCGGAGAUUACGUCUGCGUGGCACGAAGCACCGCUGGAGAUGACCUUCAGCUCACGAGAGUCACCGUGUCAAUGAAGCCAGCCAAAAUAGCACCAAAACUACAUAGGAAGAAGCAAGUACCUUAUGGUAAUGACUUGAAAGUAGACUGUAAAGCCUCAGGGGCACCGAAACCAGAGAUCACAUGGGGUCUACCAGAUGGUACAGUAGUCAACAGUGCUUUUCAGUCUGAUGCUAGCUAUGGAGGAGGACGGACACGUCGAUAUACUCUGUUUGAUAAUGGGACUCUAUAUCUAAAUCAGGUUAGCACGUCUGAAGAAGGAGACUACACCUGCUAUGCUGAGAAUCGGGUUGGGAAAGACGAGAUGCAUGUGCAUAUCACAGUAGUGACAACUGCCCCCAGGAUUCACUCACCAAGCCAGACUUACGCCAGGUUGAAGCCUGGUGGAAAUAUUCGCUUUGACUGUGACGCAUUUGGAGAGCCCAAGCCCAAGAUCCUGUGGAAGCUUUCUAAUAAUGAUGUGAUAGCAGCCUCUAGUGAGCGCUACCUAAUCCACGUCAACGGGUCGCUGGAUAUCAGGAAUGUGAAAGUCACCGAUGCAGGGGAGUAUGUCUGUAUGGCUCGCAAUCCAGGUGGAGAAAACAGACAAACGUACAAGUUGGACAUAGACGGAAAUCCACCGUUCAUCAAUGGAUAUCGACAGAACAGGACUGUAAUACAGGAUGUGGUCAAAAAACACUCCAGGAAACUUAUAGACUGCAAAGCUGAGGGUAAUCCCACCCCCACUAUCACUUGGAUUAUGCCUGAUAAUAUUUUCCUGACAGCACCAUAUUUUGGCAGUAGGAUUAACAUUCACAAUAAUGGGACACUAGAAAUUGUUAAUGUGAGGCCCACUGACACAGGUGAGUUCAUUUGCUUAGCAAAAAAUGAUGGAGGAGAGGCAGUAAUGAUAGUGCAGCUUGAAGUUACCAGUGUCCUUCAAAGGCCAAUCUUCAAGAACCCUUUUAAUGAACGCGUUGUAUAUCGAGAUGGGAAAACCGCAGUUAUAAAUUGUUCUGCUGAUGGGUUUCCUAUUCCAGAGAUCUUUUUGAUUUUGCCAAAUGGAACAAAGAUUACGAGUAUAUCCAGGCAUGGACCUCGUCACCAACUACGCAGUGAUGGAACUUUUGCCAUCUACAAUACUCUUGAAGAAGAUUCUGGAAAGUACCGCUGUGGGGCCAAAAACUCCUUGGGCUACAUAGAGAAGCUAGUAAUUUUGAAUAUUGGAGAAAGGCCCUACAUCAUAACUAGGCCUAAAGGCAUCAUCCGUGGUAUGUUUGGGGAGCCCCUGUUCCUUCACUGUCUAUCUGAUGGGAGUCCCCCGCCCAGAAUCUACUGGACCAUUCCUGCUGGUCACACUCUAGCUCAACCCCAAAAACUUGGAAGGUACAACUUGUUAGAAAAUGGAACUCUAGUUGUUCAGGACACUACUAUCCACGACAGAGGAAGCUACACCUGCAGGGCUCAUAACAAUGCUGGGGAUGCGGUCCUCACUGUCCCUGUUAUUAUUAGUGCUUACCCUCCAAGAAUCACAAGUGGACCACCUCCCAGCAUAAGGGCAGUGACAGGAACGUUGAUCAAACUUAACUGUGGUGCCACUGGAAUCCCAAAGCCAGACAUCACCUGGGAGCUUCCAGAUCAUUCAGUUCUAUCUGCAGCAGAGCAGGGAAGGUCUAUGGGGAGUGAGAUGCUCCACCCCCAGGGCACACUUAUCAUCCAAAAACCCAAAGUGUCAGACUCUGGCAGAUAUACAUGUUUAGCCAAGAAUCCCCUUGGUACAGACUCAAAGGUAACAUUUGUGCAUGUUCUUUGAGAGAAAGCAGUUCAUGUAAAUGUCACCAGAUAUGUAGUUGCCAUAUUUAAUUUCUCUGACAUCGAAUUUGUGUUGAUGAAAGAUGAGAAAUGUUGGUGGUCAAAAUGAGAGGUUUAUUUUUCAGAGUUUGGAAAUCUCUGGAACUGAUCAUCUGGAAAGUACAAUUUAAUUGUAGUUUCUGUUUAACUGAGAGGUAAUUGGUGCAAAUAUGCCAAAACCAGUGUACAUUUUGUGGCUGGAUACUUUGUUCUGUAUUACAUGCAUGGAUAGGAAGACAUCACACUGAUAUAAAAAAAUGGGUAAAUUAAGUGUCCAUAAAGGUUCUAAUUCCCUGUAUAUAUUUUCAGAGUAAAUUGCUUUAGAUGACAUUUACACUCGGGUCAGCUCAGUCUGGGCCCGGUAGGGGUAAUUGUGUUUUCAUUGGCGUUAUCUGAGCGUUGUUCAUGCAGAGCCAACUGGUUUUUUGACCCUACAGCCCUGCGGUCCCUCUUAUGCUGACCCGACCAUACAUCUACGGACUGAUUGGCUGACUGAUGAUCACGCCUACCUACUAGUGGGAGCUUCUGAUUGGCACAGACUGAAUCAGCCAGCAGUGGCUUCUCACAUGCAUUAUUCUUUAGCUAUCUGGAUGCAGCGUGGUAAACAUCUCCUGCAGCAUGGAUUUGUCGCUCUGACCGCGGGAGCACGUGGACUGACCGUCUCCUGUGAGCGCUCUGGCAGAGGAGCCCAUGGCUGCACUGCUGCUCAGUGAGAAGAGUGUGAAGCUGCGUGCUUCAUGUCAGAGUCUCCAAAAGCAACACUGCUCACACAACACGGUCCCACCCGGCCUAGGCCGAGAUGAUCAUAGUGUAAAACCUUAUUAGUUGUUGUUUCAUUAGUUGUUCUAGUCUGCCCUUAAACACACUUCUUCAGCAUUGCCUUCCCUCUGUGACACUUAAUAUGAAACUCCAGUACCAGUUUUACUUUUCUUAACUUUUUAUGAUUCAGUAGCUCACCUUUUAACAGCUUGCCCUAUCUUGUUGCUCUUUUCUGCCAAUUUAAAUGUUUUUUUAUCACUUGCUACAUAAUUUAUUUCAAUGGAUAGUGCCGUUAUCUUUGACCUGUUCUCUUAUCCUUGAAGAUUUAUGCAAAAUCUCUAUGCAUUUAAUCAGAUUUCCAUGUUUUCCCUUAGAAUUGCUGAUAUGUUCGAGCAUUUGGCUCUUUUAUGUACAGCAUUUUGGUUAGUUUUAAAUGGUGCUUUAUAAAUAAAUUUGUAUGGUAUGGUA